AAGAAGGAACAGCCAUCGGACAGUACAUAUUCGGACCUCCUCCCCAGACAGACCCCUCAGUCUCAGCGUGAUUUGACACACUCCACGUGUUGUGUGGCGGAGCAGACUUCUUGCAAUUGGAGCUGCCUUUGCCGCUGGGUGUCACUUCAGAGGAGGGAGUAGUGAAAGCAGAGUCAGCUUCACUCAUUGAUUCAGAGAAUUAUUAGUGCUGCAUUCACCGUGCAAGGAGGUGCACAGGGAUACGUUCCUUACGCGAGGUCUGAAGUCGAACGGUAUAACUGGCAUUUCAGCCCUGUAUAUUAUUACAAGUGAACAGGGUUAGCUGCAAUUCGGGUGAGCUUCUGAAAUCCACGCUGGAAUGUUAGAAGGAGGUUGCAGCGUGGUGAAGGAGGGAGUUUUGGAGAAAAGGAGCGAUGGACUGCUACAGCUGUGGAAAAAGAAGCGUUGCAUACUGACGGAUGAAGGACUUUUGCUUUUACCUCCUAAACAGCUGGAAGAUCCGCCACCUCCACUUCCAAUCCCCUCCGGUGAACCGACUCGUAUUAAAGAGCUUCAUUUCUCUAAUAUGAAGACCGUGGACUGCGUAGAGAGAAAGGGCAAGUACAUUUAUUUCACGGUGGUGAUGACAGAGGGGAGAGAAAUCGACUUCAGGUGCCCCCAAGAUGAGGGCUGGAACGCUGAAAUAACGCUACAGAUGGUUCAGUAUAAAAACCGACAGGCAAUCCUUGCUGUGAAGUCCACCCGGCAGAAGCAGCAGCACUUGGCACAGCACAGCCACAGCCUGAGAAGCGCGCCCAACUCUGCAUAGCCAGGCAGCUUGGGCUCCGGACAAGCAAGGAUAUAACAGAUCAGGACUUCCAAAUCAGUGGGACAAAAAAAAUCUUCCAGUAUUUCUUUUCAAGCAUACAGAUGUUUCUUGUUGACAUUCAGACAAAAGAGUACCGGCAGAGCAGUGGCCCAGGUUGUAUACCGAAUUUUCUUGAAAAUGAGGGCAGAGAAGGCUCCCUCCCCAGAUUCAAAGAACUCUAUGCCUCACUGAAGAGCAUUUCAUUAUGUUUUGGAGACUGUGAACAUUAUUUAUGAACUUUUAAUGUGCCUCUUGGCAUGGACCUUUUAGAAGAUGUGCUUACAUUCUAUUGUAUUAUAUUCUAUUUAAUGUUCUUUCCAUAGAUGCUUGUAGUUUCUGAACAUACAGUGGUAUUUUAAAUUAAAAACAAAAAUCAUUAACCAA